AUGGACACUAGUGUUUUGCCGGAUAUCAGAAGUUAUAACGCGAAGUUGGUUGGACUGGUUUCCGAAAAGAAAGUAGACGAAGCUGUUGAACUGUUUGGCCAACUGGGGUCGAAAAAUGUCAAGGCGGAUGUGUUUGGAUACAAUGCGAUAAUCAAUGGUUGUUGUAACAAUGGUGAUUUAGAAGGAGCAAAGAAAUGGUAUGCUAAAUUGGUGGAGAGUGAUUGUGCUCCUAAUAAAGCAACAUUUGCAACUCUGAUCCGGUUCGCGUGUAAAGUGUCUGAUUUUGAUUGGGCGGUUGAGCUUUUCAAGCAGACUUUUGAACACAAGGGUCUUGUGGAUCCGAAUGUGAUGCAACUUGUGAUCGAUGGGUUGGUUAAGGAGUCAAAAACCGACGAAGCUAAGAAGCUUGUCGAGAUUGGGAACUCGAGUAAGUUUCGGCGCUAUAGUUUGAUCAUGCCUGCAGAUGAGUAG